CCUCCCAACCCAAACCAAUCCAUCAUUCCAUGAUUCUGUGUCCUUUACAGCACAGACCAAACCUGUUCUGUUCCCAGGCCUCAGGAGGUGACCCCAGGUGUGGAGCAGCUUCACCUGCCCAAACCCACAGGGCUGAGCAGGGCGAGGUCCCACGGUGUCCCUCCCCUCCUGCCCCCUUUGAUGAGGCACAGAAAGACUCGGUGAAGUGACAAAAACCCUGGUUGUGCCCCAAUAAUGGUGACACUGGAGGGCAGAGAGCUCAUCCAGCACAUCCCAGUGAGACCAGAGCCAUCAGGCAGGGUGGAAGUGGGCACGUGUCUGCUGUCCAAAUUCGUUACUAACUGGAUUUAACUGGUUUUCUCGUAGCUGAUGAUGGAAGAGGUGCACAAGGGCGGCAGCAGCAGCUCUGUUACGUCCCAGCCCUCAGCUGUACAAGGUACAACCCUGCAGGCAGCUCAGCUCUCUCAUAUUGCUCAACAGAUGUCUCUCAGAGGUUCUGCUCCCCUCACAGUCGUUCAGCUUCCUGGAGAGCAAGUCCAGGUCCAGGGAGUCAUUCAGACAGCUCAGUCCUCCUCUGUGAUCCACUCCCCUCAGGUGCAAACCGUGCAGGUAUCUUCCUUGUCUGAGAGUGAGGAUUCUCAGGACUCCUCAGACAGCAUUGGCUCCUCUCAGAAGGCUCGAGGCAUCUUGGCUCGUCGUCCAUCCUACCGAAAAAUUUUGAAAGAUCUUUCUUCUGAAGACACACGGGAUAGAAAAGGAGAUGAGGAAAGUCCUGGGGUCUCCACUGUCACCUCCAUGUCCGUUCCCACGCCCAUCUACCAGACAAGCACUGGACAGUACAUUGCCAUCGCAGCCAACGGGCUCCAGCUGGCAGGGCCGGGGGCAGACGGGGUGCAGGGGCUGCAGACACUGACCAUGGCCAACGCCGGCGGCUCCCAGCCCGGGACCACCAUCCUGCAGUACGCCCAGACCUCGGACGGGCAGCAGAUCCUGGUGCCCAGCAACCAGGUGGUGGUGCAGACUGCCUCUGGGGACAUGCAGACCUACCAGAUCCGCACCACUCCCACCACCUCCUCCCUGCCCCAGACCGUGGUGAUGACGUCCCCCGUCACCCUGACGUCGCAGACGAGCAAGACGGACGAUCCGCAGCUGAAACGAGAGAUCAGGCUGAUGAAGAACAGAGAAGCUGCCCGGGAAUGCCGUAGGAAGAAGAAGGAGUAUGUGAAAUGUUUGGAAAAUCGAGUGGCAGUCCUGGAAAAUCAGAACAAAACUCUAAUUGAAGAGCUAAAAACUUUGAAAGAUCUUUACUGUCAUAAAAGUGUGUAAGAAGAGAAGGUAAAAACCUUUGGAGACUGGUGAAAUAUCAGAGGAGAAUUUGUUUUUUUUUUAUACUGAAUUUUUUUAAACUAGAUGAAAGGUCAAAAAUGAAACUUUUCUACCUAGAUUUCACAGCUCAAAGACUCUAUAGAUUUUCUUUACAACAUGUUGGUGACAAAGUACAAACAGGAAACAAGAAAACCUCACCAAAAUUCCUGCUGGCACAACUGGAAACUGAUAAAAUUCAAGAUUGCAGCUACAGGGGAAGGACAGUCACGUGUGGCGAGGCAGGUGAUGAGAGUUUCUUUGAAAAUUCCUAUGAAUACCUCUAAUAAUGGGGGCAAAAUUUGGUUACAAAGAAAACAUGGAUGAAACAGAAUCCUUGCCAUAGCUGACAUUAUUAGUAACAUUUAUAACCAGUGUAUGUUUUGAUUUCUUACUCUUUUCCAAGCCUUUUUCCUUCAGUUAUUUGUCUGUAAAUAUUUUUAUUUUAACCUGUAAGGUGGUGUUUACAGGUGCAGAUGAUAAAAAAGCUGAUACUUUUGCUCGAGGUAUAAAUUAUGUUUCUACUCUUUCUCAGAUGACAAUUUUAAAAGUUGGGAUGAUUUUUUUUUUUCCAUGUUUGCCGUGUUUAUCAGAUUGGGGAAGGAUCUGCAGAAAACAGCAAGUGGCCUGGUCCUGGAAGUGUCUGAGGCCCAGAAAAUUGUGUUGAUUUUCUUAGAGAAUUCAACACAUCAAUGAUUUUAAAGCACAGUGUGAGGGACAAGGACUGGUGACAAAAGUUCUGAAGAAUUUCUGAGAUUAAACUUCCGAAAGUUUUUAAUUUUGCAAGAGUUUGUUCUUAGUUCUGGGCAUGAGAAACAUCAAUCACUGAAAAUUAAAUUGUGUGCUGAUCAUAUCUGCAAUUAAACACUCAGUGCUUGUCCUGGCCAGGGAUUCUCCCAGGCUCUGGAACAUGAAACCAAAUAGAAGAAAAAUGAUCUAGUAAAAAAUGGAAGAUCUAUACCAAAGGGUUAUGAGGUUCUAAUCUCUGGUUUAUUGCUGGAAGUAGUGCAAAAUUACAAUUUCCAGCCUAAUUUUGUACGGUAGGAGCUAUUUUGCAAAGUAACGGUGUCUUUGUAAGCAAAUACUAUAUUGCAAACAGGGAGAUGGUUGGUAUAUUUUGUAGCUAAAUUGUGAUCUUUACAAAACCUGAAAUUGAGUUUCUAUACGUAUUUUGACAGUUUAUAUCUUUCAUUUUAGUAACCAAAUGAAAUAUUUUGUGAACCAGAUUUUCAAGGAUAUAUUUUUAUGGAUAGUACAAAGUCAAAUGAGAUCCUCUUUGGUGUAGGAGAUACUUGAAUUAAUUUUGUAUGUCUGUAGGCAACUUGCAGAAAAAAAACGGAUCCUAAAGAGUAUUGGGGGGAAAAAAAGAGAAAGAAAAAAAAAAAUAAAUGAGGGCUUUUUUACUCCCCAGAGUUGACAAUAUCCGCUCAUUACAUCUCAUCGUGUCAGAGAGUCCAGUUUGUACAAUUUUAAUUUGUUUCAAGUGCAGAUGUAAAGUUUGCCAUGAUCAGGACUCCUUUAGCUGGGGGAUCUCCACUCCUGGAGCCCCCCAGAGCUGUCUGGCUGCGGGCCUGGUGGGCAGGACAUGGUACCAGGGCAGGGUGUGACCCUGCUGGUGUGGGGCAGGUGCUUCUUGCAUGAGUAAUAAACCAUUUCCAUAGCUGGGAUUGAAUCCUGCUUCCAGUUCUGUCAGUGGGAAUUAGACUGUGGUGUCAGAGCUCCGUGUGUGUGUUGUGCCAGCUCAGAUCCCGAUGGAAUUCAAGCUGUGCUCCCUCCCUGGAUGUGUAAUGCUUAUCCCAUGGUCAGUCAGUAUUUUUUUUAUUUUACUCCUUUGGGAAUUAAUGGACUUGUAGCAAGCAGAGCUCUUUGCCAUGAAGAACCUGCAUUCCACAAUCUCCUGGUUAGUGGGCUAGAAAAGGAUAUUUUUAUUCCCUGAAGUUCCCAAGUCUCUGGUUGUUGUGGGCACGAGUCCCAGUGCGUUUCCUUUAGGCCAGGCUGGAGUGUGACUCCUGGUCACAAAAAAAAUAAAAUAAACCUUUGUGACACGUCAGAAAUAAGGUUGGGAAAGUCCUAAACUGAGGGAGCUGCUCCUGGAGAGGUGUUUGCUGUUUCUUUGGUGGAAUUUCAGGAGAAUUGGACAGCCUGGAAUGUGGCUGGAACACGCACCUGAGAGAACUGGACCUUUCCUCAGCCCUGUGCGCCCUGGCACGUGGCAGAGGGUUUGACCUACAGCUCUGAACUGCUUUGGGAACUCUGUGGUAGCUGAUCCUCACUGUGUUCUCUCUUUUUUUUCCUUUUCUUUUGUAAUAUGGAACAAUAAUAAACAAAAACUAUCAAGUGUUAAGACUGUAAAAACCUGGUGGCCAGUUCUUCUUGUAUCCAGCAAGGGAAGUACCUGUCCUGCCAGACACACACCAGGAGUCAAUUUUUAUACUCUUAAAAUAAAGUGUGUUGGGAAGAACAGCUGAUUUUUCAUCAUGGGAAUAUUAAACAGUAACACAAGUUCACUCUUUUAAGCACUGAUCAUGAAAUUCUUAGUUUGGAUUUACUUUUAAAUCUCGAUUUUGAAGAGUAAAAUCUCAUUCCUGAGGGUAAGAGAUGCAGCAGCUGAUGCUGUUCUGCUGGUUGGUUCCAAACAGUCCGUGCUUUCCAUGAAUUGUAAAUAUUUGGUGAAACAAUUAAUGGUUGCAAAUUUUGAUCUUGGUAAAUAAAGUCGCUAAAAUAUUAUAA